AAAACGGAAAAAAGGAAAUAAUGAAGACUUCUAUAAACAAGUUAUCGAUGCUUUUGGUCAGAAGGAGCUGCAAAUGGACUCCAUUUAUAAUACAGCUGGGAUGUCAGGGAUGGACGUGGUCGCCGUGGGCAACGACGAAACCUCCACAGCGGGAAACGGAACCUUCCACCGCCUCUCACCCACGUGGAAUGUGACGUCAGCCUCCUCCUCCUCCUCCUGGUCGCGGGGUCGGGGGGGCGGGAGUGUGCAGGUCUACGUCUGCCUCUUCCUGGGCCUCCUGCUGCUCCUGCUCAGCCUGCUCCUGGUGGCCCUCCACAGGCUGAAGAACAUUGUCUCCUCCUCCUCCUCCACUUCAUCCUCGCUGCCCGACUGCGGCGGCGAAGGACGCUUCACCAACAUGGAGGUGUGCAGCGUCUCGUCUCGGACGUCCCCCACGUCCUCGCUGCGCACCUGA